UGCAGCCUGACUCCGACACAACCGGCAUGUCUGCAAACUGAGAGGCUCGAUCCAUCUUUUUUUUUUCUUUCCCAGAGGCAACAACUUGUAUUUUCUCUGCCUCGGCGGCUAUAAAGGAAGAAGCAGGCUGGUGUUAAAACCUGCAGAGGGCUAUUUUUUCCUCUCUCUCUCUCUCUCUCUCUCUCCAAUUUGGCUGCAAAAGACUGGGGCGAAGAUCCAAACCAAGGUCCAUCCAUCCCCGGUAACGUGACCACUGACGGAAGAGAACACAGAACUGCUUCAUCAUGAAUUUUGUAAUGAAAGCGGCAAUGGGAGGAGGUCCUCCUGAUGUGGGCAAGAUGCUGGGCGGGGAGGAGAAGGAGGAGGACCCUGAUGCUGCAACGAAAGAGGAGGAGAGGCAGGAAGCGCUGAGGCAGCAGGAGGAGGAGAGGAAGGCCAAAUAUUCCAAGAUGGAGGCCGAGAGGGAAUCGAUGAGACAAGGCAUCAGGGAUAAGUAUGGCUUGAAAAAGCGCGAGGAGGCGGAGGCUGAGGCAGCGGCGGCGGCGGAGGAGACCGCGGCGGGCAGCUUGACCCGACCCAAGAAGGCGGUGCCGACCGGCUGCGGUGACGAAGAGGAGGAGGAGAGCAUCAUGGACACAGUGAUGAAAUACCUGCCAGGUCCGCUGCAGGACAUGCUAAAGAAGUAGUCAGUAAGUCGUUCACAGGUUGGCUUCAAUCCCAAACCGGCGCCAGAUUAGCAUUGUAUAGUUUCAAAUUUGGUUUAUUUAGCAUUGUGUGGAAAUGCAGCAGUCCGGCUAUAUGCCAUAUGGCGUCACCGGCCAGGUGCGCCAAAGCGAAUGGUCUUCACUUCUUCUCUGACUACUCCCUUGAAGAGCUUGAAGCAACAACAUAAUGUCCUCCUUCACCUCGCUGUUCACUUUAAUUGUACAUAAACAAAUCUAUUACGAGCCUCAAGCCGGGCCAAACAAUCACAUCCAAAAUAUACUGAAUCCAUUUAUUAUACUGUGUCUCUCCAAAUAGAAAAUGUGAUCACUUGAUAAGCCAUAUUUAAAAAAUAAAAAAAAGAUUUAAUACAAUGUCUGUGUGCUCCUAAAGCUAUUGUUGUGUCUCUCAACUUUUUUGCACAGUGUUACACGUUCUCUGUGAAAAGUGUCGUCUUUCUCCCCGCCUUCUAAGUGUUUGUGUGCGUAGAAAAUGUUUAUUGUAUCGGAACUUCUUAUGUCUUGCAUGCCAUUUUGUCUUGACAAGUUGUGUGACCCAUGUAAACCUUUUUAACCCUCUUCUUUGUUAUGCAAAAAAUAUUAAGGCAAUAACUCCUCAGUUUGUGUGUUUUCUCAUGUCAAUAUAACCUCGAAUAAUGAUGCUAAUACGUAUAAAGCAUUUAGGAUACUUCAUUUGCAAGGGUUUCUUUUUGGUUGGGAAAAAAAAAGCUUUAAAAGUAUACAGUUUAUAACAACAAAUUAUUAUCAUUUUUCAACAGGGUGAGAAGAGUGAUAGACUUUUUCUUGUUAAUUGUGAUUUUGUUUCACGUCUUAUUUAUGGUUAGAAGCGACCAUAUGUGAUCAUGAAAUAAAAGUAUUUCACUGAGAUUUUAUUUAUUGUAGUAUGGGUGUGAAAACGGCCGCCGAGGCGACAUAGACCUUCAUGAGCAAUAAGGAAUUAUUAUGUAUGUUUCUGCCUGAUAAAUCAAUAAAAAUCUAAUAUCUUGUU